AAUCUGGUUUUGAGCCUCGCGGUGAUUCUGAGUCUCUCUUCAGGUAAAAGAGGCAAGAAGCCGCCGGUGGGACCGGUGAACAUCUCGGAGAUCGUCAACCGGAUCGCUCCGAAGCACGGCAGGCCGACGGUUGCCGAGGCGACCCUGCAGCGGUGGAUCGGAGACAGCGCCGCCAUCCCCUGCACGCCGGAUGUCCGGGUCCCCAAACCCAAGAAGAAGUCCCCGAGGCCGAACGGCGUGGACGACCUGCUGAAGCUCGCCAAACAGUUUGACUUCAACAUGUUCCAUCAGGACGAAGACCCGGCGGCGGAGGACCAGAACCCGGAGCUCCUGUCUGAGGACCAGAACCCGGAGCUCCUGUCUGAAGACCAGAACCUGGAGCUCCUGUCUGAGGACCAGAGCCCGGAGCUCCUGUCUGAGGACCAGAGCCCGGAGCUCCUGUCUGAGGACCAGAACCCGGAGCUCCUGUCUGAGGACCAGAGCCCGGAGCUCCUGUCUGAGGACCAGAACCUGGAGCUCCUGUCUGAGGACCAGAGCCCGGAGCUCGUGUCUGAGGACCAGAACCCGGAGCUCCUGGCGGAGGACAUCUUGGAUUUCCAGGACGACUUCUCACCCCCGCCUCCCAAAGACCGCCCCCCCUCCACGAAGGUGGCGGCAAUAGACAUUGAUCCGCCCCUGGAGGACGAUUUGGACUUCCUGUUCGACGCCCCGACCCAACCCGUGAGCGGGUAUCUGAGUCAGAUGGCUUCGACCGCCCCGCCGUCCCAAGGCAGACCUGCAGCCAAAGGGGCUUCUGGGAAACCGGCGGCGGCGUCCUCGCUCCCUCCGUCUUCUGCCGUUUCCACGACGCACGCCAAAGGCGCUUCGGCAACCGACGAGUUCGAGGACGACUGGGGGGACGACUUCCUGGAUGACUCUCUAGUGUUUGAGAUGACCCAAAACCCGCAGAACUUCACGGGUCCCGCGCGCUGCUCCACCCAGAAAACCCUCGCCGUGGCGACGAAUCCGUCUCACAGGGAAAGUCCGGCGGCUAAAGUCGUCCAAACAGCUGUUUCUGAGGUGGAAAAGGACGGCGUGCGCCAAAGGAGGACUUUCAGACUGGAGUCUAAUCCGAGUUUCUCUGUUGGAAGAACCCGGACGGGCACGACCUCGAAGGUGGAUUUAGGUUUAAAAGAAUCGGACCGGGACCCCCCCGCGAACGUCGCUUGGCGUUCCUCGCAACCGCAAAAAACGCCGUUUCAUCCCGGGACUCAUCCCCAAAACAACUCGACCGCAUCCAACUCCUCCGCUGCGAACGCGGCUCAACGGUUCCCGGUAAAACCGGCGGUGGACUCGUCUCGCGGCGCGGCGCCGGCUGUCCCCGACGUCCCGGACGAGGAGGACCUGUCGGCGUUCUUCUCGUCCGACCCGGCGUGGGACGACCCGGCGUGGGACGACGACCUGAUGUGUGAGAUGUGUGACGACCUGGAGAACCAGAUCCGGGGCCCGGAGGGCGCCGCCGCCGCCAGACUCCCCGCCGAGCAGAGAGCGGCGCUGCAGCCGUCCAACAGGAAGCUGCCGCCGGCCAAUCGGCAAGCUCCCCCCCCCCAAAGACAGACGCUGACCCCAACAACACGUCUCCCAUCAUUGACCACUGGUUUUGUCACCGUGACGCAAGCGAAAAACACUUCAAGCUCCACAAACGCCUCGCGGUGCGUGCGGGGGGGCGGCCUGGUCCAGCCGGCGCCGCGCGGAAACGCCCGCCACGACCAGUUCACCUUCAAGAAACCAAGCAACACAGUUUCUAUGGUAACCGGCAAAGUUGUGGGUCAGUGUUCGGCGGCGGAGAUCGAGCUGAAGAAGCAGCAGGCGAUGGAGAGAAGAAGACAGCGUCUGCAGGCCGCCGGGAACCUCCGGACCCCGACCUGACAC